AGGAGUGAGAGGAGGAAGGGAAGAAGGAGAGUGGGUGAGAGAAAAUCGAGGGUGCCGAGGAAACCCUUUGUUUUGGGGCAAAUCCAUGAGUUUUGGUAAUUUCGGGGUUUUCAGGGCCCCAUCACCUGCCCUGGCCACCUGUAUGUGUUCUUUAGGUUGAUAUAUGCUUGCGGAACAUCUGUGGGCUGUAUGGAGGAAGUGGAAGGGUGGAAAUAGGAGUGAAAUAACAUCUGCGGGGAGGAGAAAGAGGAGGAGGAAAAGUCGCUCUCGCUUCUUAUCCGCGUUUUGUUAAUUACUCAUCUGUCUGACUCUUGCCACCUGUCCUGCCUACCUGUGUGUGGUGUUUAUGAUUAUUUAUAAAGGUUUGGCCUUCCUGAGUGGUGUAGAUAAGGUGGAAGGAUGGGAAGAGAGGUGAAAUAUGAGGGGGGUGGGAUGGCCCCCCUCCCAGCCAGCCCAAGGGUAGGGCGCGGCCUGCCUGGAUUAAUAGUUAUGCAAUUUUGUUCCCUUGCAGUUUCAUUCCUUGUAUUACAGGUUGUUGUGACCCAGACUGUUGUGUUUGCUUUAAUUCUUUAUUCUGUGCUGCUGAUAGGAAGCUUUUGAGAGAUAAAGGCAAACUUAUGGGUAGUUAUAAGGUGGUGCUAACUUGAGAAGGAAAAAAAAGAAAUAAAUUAGUUCUCAGGCAUAGUGGUGGGUGACUGAAAUACAUUUGAUAAUCAGACAAGUGUGAAGUUAUAGUGAAGUUUGAUGCAAGACUUUGACAUUUAUGAACAAGGAUGACAGCGAGCGGUGUCCCCGGCUGAUCCGGCUGCGGCUGAGUCCUGACGCCCGCACCCUGGUGGUCUAUGACACCCACGUGCACGACACACCCCCAAGGUUCUUCACUGGCGGUCACCAGACGCUCUCCCCACCAUGCCUGGUUCCGGAGCCCAUGAGAGUCCUGUCCCCAAAUGGCAUGGUGUCCAUCUCUCAGAUCAAGAAGACACCACCUGGCUCCACCAACACCACCCCAACCACCACCCUCUCCACCACACCCAUCUACAGCAGCCCACAUCUCUCCAUCACCCCCAUUGAGAGUCCCACCACCCCUGACAGUUUCCACACUCCAACCUCCAGCCUCCCCAACCAUGAAAAGAUCACAGUCAAGCUCAAAAAAUCACAGUUCUCCCCCAAUGAGAUGGUGGUGGUGGGCAGUGCCAGGGAUGCACAGGAGCAGCUAGAGCUUAGUUCCCCAUCACCAGUGACCAGUAACACCACCACCAUCCCCUCCCGCAGGAAUUCCCCAGAGAAGGUCCCGGGUGGCCCCAGUGUCAUGUCACCUCCUGACAAGCUGCCCAAGAUAUUGCCCAAGCAGCAGUUUGCCGCCAAGUUCCCUGAGGGCUCCUUCACAGUAUCUAAGGUGGUACGCCGGCCCACCAUCAAACCCACCACUGCUUCAGAGAGGGUGGCCGGUGGUCCCCCUGAGAGGCCCUCAGGACGGCCCAUCGGCAGGCCGCCAAUCAACAGGGGGGAGAAGGUUGCCAGGGCACCAAUACGUCCCACAGCGCAUAACAGAGCUGGGGACAAGGUUGGUGCCAGGCUGGCGGCAAACACUCUCAGCAAUGGGAGUUCACACACAAAUGGGGUCCGUGCUGUCACAUCUACUGGCAGGAAAAUGACCAAGAGGAAGAAGGCCAGGCACACUGAACCCUCCUUUGACCUCUCCAUGCUCACCCCACUGGACACUGAGCUUGGCGUGAGUGAGAAGCAGCAGCUGGCCCAUGGUGUGUUGCUGCGGCUGCUGCGCGUCACCAGCCAGCUGCCCAUGAUACAGUUCAGCCAUGCCCUGGACACCCUGGAGACACUCACUGAUGCCUACAAGCUAGAGCAGCGCGUCAACCUCACUAUCAGCCAUGACCAUGAGGAGGAGUCAGAGAACUUGUACCACCCGGAUGCCUACGAGGUGGUGGAUCUGGAGUCUGAGGACGUGUUGGGAAGCAGCAGAGCAAACACCGACUACCAAUACGACUCCAGCGUCUCCUCCACCACCACCACGGCGUAUGACAACCACUUCGCCAUCACCCAGGUGGAUGGGGCUGCGGACGACCUGGAGGUGUGCUGGGGCGUGAGGAGCACCACCACCAGCACCAGGAAGCGCAACAAGGGUGGGUGGUCGGAGAGUGAGGAGGAGGAGUAGGAGGAGGAGGACUAGUGUUGUAGCCUGACAUCACACUUGGCUCAGGGAUGAAGAGUGGUCUGAAACUCUCACUAGGCUAGAUGUACUACAAAGGAGCCUGGUUGUCUAGGGUCUGUGCUUGGCUCCCAGCUGGUGGCCGAUACAAGGCAGGCGCCACCUCUGUUACUGCUGUGUGUGGUGCCUUCCUGUGCUGAACACAAGGGGCCACCAUCUUAAGAGGCAUGAGGAAAUAAGGGAAGCUGCAAGAAUCCAUCAAGCCUACACGUGGCAGUCCCUAUAUGGUCGUGCCACAGUGCACUGUUAUAGAGCUGUUUGUUGAGGCGCUGAGAGUCUUAGGGAGUAUAGGAAUGAGAGGCCAACAAGACUGGGUGACAUCACAGUGGUUACCUGUGAGGCAUUGCUGUGUUUGCGUGUAGUGGCAAUGGUGUUGGGGCACGUCAACUCGUACCUGACGUUGCUAAGAGCUAAUCUCAUAUUUUUAUAUCUGUUAAUUUAUCGACAGUGACUGCAAUGUGCCAGUAAGCCAGGAGGUGACCGAGCUUUGCAUUAGGGUACUGGGAAGUAAGCCAACACAUGUACACACAAAGUUUUUUUUUUUUUUUUUUUUUUUUAUAGCUGCCUUGGCACUGACUCACUCUGUGCAGUGUGGACUGUCUUAUCCUCAGAUCCCCAGCUCAGCCACAGUCCAGCAGGAUCACAUUCCACCCUGGCUAUGCAAAGUCAUGUCUUAUGGAUCAUGCACAGGGAAUGGCGCUCUGAGGGAGGGUCUUCAGUGGGGUGUGUUGGGUGUUCUUAUGCAGUUAGGGUUCUGAGGUGCUGUAAAUGCAGGAAAUGAUGCAGUUUGUCAUGGUAUCCAAGGUGUUGUAGUACAGAAGGCACUGGAUCAAUAGUGGAGGAGCUGUUUAAGCAUUGCAGAGUUGAAGAUGAUGUGCUUUGUUAUUGUUUAUAUCUGAGGAGGAGGAUGAUGUGUCAUUGCAAGGUAUAAAGUUCAAGAGUUUUGACUGGUAGCAGUUGGUAAUGUCACUCUUGAAACUUUGCAGUGUUGUGUGCACUUGGAAGAUGACUUAAGUUAUGUAAUUAUGAGAAGGAGAGGAGGUGUUCUAUGUGUCAGUUUAAGAGUAUGGACAAGUAACGAGAAAUAUUGUCUUUCCUGAAAUCAUAUGUGUUGUGGGGCUGGAAAAUAACUCGCUUCUUUUUUAUCUAAGAGAUGGAAGAAGUAAUGUCUUUCCUGAUGGUGUGUUUGUGCCAGAUUGUGUCUGUAGCCGCCUUGCCUACUCUGCCAACAGUUACAUAUCAGAGCCAUGUCUUGUAAGUGUUCGUGAUGGUGUUAACAGCGCAGUGUGUGCUUCAUGUUCAAACUUGUGUUGCUGGCAGGGAGCAAGGCAGAGCAGAGUGACGUGUGUUGAAACAGUUACCCCCAAAUGCCCAUAUAUUUUUGAGUGAGGUUUUGGACACUUACUGGGGGCUGUACUUUUAUUGUUCUAUGACUGAUUAACUUAAUGAUUCCAACACUGCCAUGUAAUGUUAUUCACGUCGGGUGACACGUCAGAGUACUGAGGAAGGAGGCGGUGUGCAGUGCUGGGGGUGCCAAGCUGUCAGGGAUGCAGGAGGUGCUACAGGAAGUAUCCUCCAUUAGUGGAAGUAUUGAGGUCAGGGCAGUUGUUGUUUGGCAGUUAAUGACUCCAGUAAUUUUUUCAGAGGUUUUACACAACAGGGUGAUUAGUGAAUGACUUUUUUACAAGGUGACAUUUGAACCGUGACUUUGAUUGCUUGAUUUAAGAAUCGGUAGUUAGGACACACCAGUAGAAUUAUGUUACAAGGCAAAUAUGUACCUUAGUUUAUUAUGUGUGUGUUUGUUUACGUCAACAAAUAGUGUAUGUUGUAGUACUUAAGUUAGCCGCCAGUGACUUCACCGAUCCUUGCCGGGUGUUUGAUCCAGAACUGGUGCUCAGAUUAUUUCUCAUGCACACACCACAGCAUCAGUUACCUGUCCUGUUGUUUGGGAGGGACGGUCAUCUUUCUGGCACCACUCAUAAGACCUCCGUAACAUUGCUUCUUCCUUGUCUUUGUGGCCUUCUCUCUGUUUCUUUAUAAUCCAUGUUAAGACUGCUGCUUAUAUCAUCCCAUCAUAUGAUUUAAUUUGUUUGGUUGGGAGUUUCACAUUUCUAACAGUUUCCUUAAUGUCUUUUCUCCUGUGUGCUUUUGACCUUUUCCUCUGCUCUCCUUCCCUCUUAUAAUCCAACAUGAGACCACUGCUACACAUCAUCCUAUUAGAUCAGCUCAUUUGUUUGGUCAGGAGUUCCACCUUUGUAACAGUUGUUCUCGAUGUCUUUUCUUCUCACUGUGCUGUUGUCCUUUUCCUCUCCUCCUCUCUUUUAUCAUCCAGCAUGUGACCAUUUCCUCACAUCCUGCCACACCAGCUCAUGUUUGGUCAGGAGUUUCACACUUGUUAUGGUUCAUGUACAGUACAGUCCAGCUCUGGAUGAAAUACACACUGGGAUUCUGAUGACACUCUUCAUUGCAAGAGAAUUCAGACUUAGUACCAUACGUUAAUUUAAAACUGUAGUGUAUUUUUUUCGCGUCGCAAUUCACUUAGCACUAAUUAAUUUAAACUCAUGUCCAUAGCAAACUAUUAUCACAUCAAAAUGCACUCACUAUAUGUUAAUUUAAACUCGUGUCCACGGCAUAUUUUGUCCAGGCAUGAUGCACUUCCCGUUCUGUCUCAUAGUUUGUAUCACUGCAUACCUUUUGGUGGUGACUGGUGUCAUCCGUGAGGGCUGUCCUGUCGGUGCGCUGGUGCCUCUCACACUCUCGCUGCUGUGUUCUCCUGGACAGUGGCUGCCGGCCACUCGGUGCUGGGAUGGCCCUGCAUACCUACCUUUCUUGACUAGUUUAUAAGGCUGGAAUGUGUGUGUGUGUGUGUGUGUGUGUGUGUGUGUGUGUGUGUGUGUGUGUGGGGCAGGAAGGAUGUGAGCUGUGUGCAUGAGUGUGUGUGUGUGUGUGUAUGGAUGUACAAAUGGAUUACCUUUUUAUGAAUGAGUUAACAUUCAUAUGUAAUAUUUGUAAAUCAGAUUAAAUUUAUGUAUUUAUUUUUUUCCAUGUAAUGUAACUUCCAGUAUUGUAUGGAGUAAUGUUUAUAUAUUUUGAUUUGUAAAUGAAAAUGUUUCAUUCAGAAACAAGGGCAAAAUUAUUUUAUCUUAUUUCUAAGAGUUUUAACUGUUUGUGUGACAAAGCAAAGUAAUGUGAAAGACUUAGCAGAACAGAAUGUAUUACUCUCUCAGUGUGAGUGUCACUGCCUGUAUAUUAUGAUGACUGGUGAUGACCAGUGAUGGCUGGUGGUGUGAGUGAGUGUUAUACCCAGAGUGCUUAAUGCAGCAGAGAACGGCUUGAGUGUGUGAACAACCCAGGAUGAAUGGAGGGUUUAGUGUGACUGUUUAUUCUCCCAUAUAUCAUUGUGUUGUGACCAGUGUGGGGUGGCUGCGGCCUCCUUCCUACGCCGCCGCCACUCCUGCCUGGCUGCAGUGAAGUGCCUACAUUUGUACAUACUAGAUGCAGGGGUGAGGAGCAGGAGCAGGAGCAGGAAGGGGAUUGUGAUUCAAGUAUUGUAUCACACUCAUAUCCAGGGAAGAGGUGUUGGUUAAAUUGUGUAUUAACAUCCAGGGUUGUGUUGUGUUCACUGCCUUGAUGCAACACACUCCUCACUGCAUGUCAUCAAGUCUGCCGCAGUAAUUGUCACCUGGGGGCACACAGACAUGGUGUCACUGCUGCUGGCUGGUGCUUUCCCUCACUGCACUAUGCAUCCCAUGUGUUAAGAAGUGCAGCAAACUAAAUUUCAUCAUAAUACCAAAACUGUUUAAUAUAAGAUACUCAAUUAUUCACACACAAGUAAGUCAUAUAUUUGUAAAAAGUCAAGUAAAUUUGCUGCACAUUUUAAAACAAGAUGGGAAUAUGUAAUCAGUGAGUGAGUGAGAGCAUCAGUCAGCAGCAGUGUUACCGUGUUCCUGCAUCCUCAGCAGACUAGACUGUUGUGACUCAUUUAUUGAAGCUGUAUGUGGUGGACUGUGCUAAGGUCAUAUAAUUACCACAGUCACUGGAGCAUCAAAUUAAACAACCCUGGAUUAACUGGAGCACCUCUGAUCACUUGACAGAAGCAAUGAAACAACCUGUAUUUCUGUCCUCUUGUACUGGUGAUCAUGGUGGUGGUGGUGAUGCAUAUUCCACACAGACAAUUGGCCCAUUUCCACCAGCCAAGAAUGUGGGGAGCCUGUCUUUCACUCAGAAUUAGGAUGGCUAGUAAAAUGUUGCUUCCUGCCUUUAUCCUUUUAACAUCCUCCUCUCCCCCUGACAUGGCUGGAUGGCUGAUGGGUUGCUCCUACGUCUUGUUGUAGAUCACUUCCCUAAUGCUCAUCCUUCUCAUGUCUCCAAAUCUUCUUCAGUCCUCCCUUCCCUAAUGUUCAUCUUUCUCAUCAGUCCACACACAAUCUCCAGGUCUUCUUCAGUCUUUCCUUCCAUAGUGUUCAUUCUUGUGUCUUCCUCCACACUUUCUCUAGGUCCCAGUUCUUCCCUCCAGUCUCUUGUCUCCAACCACAGUCCCUUUCACAGUCCCUUUCCUCUAAUUCUCUGUUGAUGUUUAUAUCUACAGUACUUCAGAAUCACUUAUCUUGUCCUCUUCCUUUCCUCUGGUUCCUGCCUUUCAUCAUUCUUUCCCUUCUCCCUUUUUCUGUCUUAUCUUUCCCUUCUCUUGUUUUUCUCCUGUUAAGCAUUUCUUUCCUGUCUUCCUUGUUCAGUGUUACCUCCCCUUUACCUAUUUUCUUCCCCUCUUUCUCUCAUCAUUCCUUUCCUGCAUUGUUCUGUCUUUCUUCCCUUUUCCUCCUCCCUCCAUCAUUCCUCUCCUUUGUUAUCCUAUAUUUUCCACUCCUUUCCUUUUCUUCAUCAAUUUCCUUCAUCAUCAUUGCCAAAAUCACAUUCCCUUCACACUUAAAUCGCCAAUAUACAGAAAUUUUGGCAUCCUGAAGUAUAUAUAUUCAUUUCUCUCUCUCUCUCUCUCUCUCUCUCUCUCUCUCUCUCUCUCUCUCUCUCUCUCUCUCUCUCUCCUCUUUUAUUCCUGCCACAAACCUAACACUGCCAAAAGAAAAUAUCCAUCCUUCUAGUAUUUCUCUCUCUCUCUCUCUCUCUCUCUCUCUCUCUCUCUCUCUCUCUCUCUCUCUCUCUCUCUCUCUCUCUCUCUCUCUCUCUCUCUCUCUCUCUCUCUCUCUCUCUCUCUCUCUCUCUCGUUGUUUCCUUUCCCAUACCUUCCCUCCCCUCCCACCCUCACUCCUGCCUGCCACUAAGCUUACACUGCCAAAAAUAACCUAUAGCCACAUAUCCAUAUCAACUGUGACCUUCAUGCAGAUCAUAUAAAAAGAAAGGUCUGCGGAAAAUAUAAAAUUAUAGUCUUGUAAAAAAUUUAUUCCGAUGUAUAAAAAAAAUGACUUGUUAUUCCUACUAUUACUAUUACUUAUCCGUUUACUGUCUGCCAAAUGCUACUGAUGUUUCUCUCUCUCUCUCUCUCUCUCUCUCUCUCUCUCUCUCUCUCUCUCUCUCUCUCUCUCUCUCUCUCUCUCUCUCUCUCUCUCUCUCUCUCUCUCUCUCUCUCUCUCUCUCUCUCUCUCUCUCUCUCUCUCUCUCUCUCUCUCUCUCUCUCUCUCUCUCUCUCUCUCUCUCUCUCUCUCUUGCAUCUAGUACACGGAUUACAUAUGUAUAUUUUUAUAGGUAGGUAUAAUGAUAGGUCUUAUGUAUACAUAGUACAUAGUGUGCAGUGUGCUUCUGUAUUUAGGUUUCUUCUUUUUUAAUCUAUGUAUGUUGUAAGGUUCAACAGGUAGAUGAGGGACGUAUCCAUAUGCAAAACACACACACACACACACACACACACGUACACACACACACACACACACACACACACACACACACACACACACACACACACACACACACACACACACACACACACACACACACACACACACACACACACACACACACAGAAAGGGUACAUAAAACUCAAGAAAAUAUAAUUGUUUGGGUUUUUAAAGCAAAGGACAUUAUAAGUUUAAUUCAGUCCUGUAAAAAUCCAAGUAAACACACACACACACACACACACACACACACACACACACACACACACACACACACACACACACACACACACACACACAAGGGUAGAGGCAUUCAUGAUAAGAUGCUAAGCCAGUAUUGUAUAAGAGAAAAAAAAAAUUGUUAUGGAGCACUAUUGAAGACUCACAUUGACACAACACAAGUUUACCAAUCACAUGCACACACAAAUCAUACAUUCAUAUCAUCUUCCGGCUUCAGUAUCUCUCCCCACAGUGCCUGGUGUUAUCAAGACUGGCCAGGGGUGUGUGAGGCAGUCAGGAUGGAGUUAGAAGUGUGUGAAAGCUGAUGGGGAAAACAAAGAGAAGUGAGAGGCAAAGCUGUUAGGAAAAUGUGUAAAAUUCAUUUGGAAGUGUGUGAAGUGAAGUGAAGGGUGUGUCAAGUGAAGUGUUUUUAAAGUUUGAAGUGGUUUGUUUGAGAUGAGUGGCAAAGCUAUUAGAAAAACAUGUAAAAUUUGUUUGGAAGUGUGUGAAGUUAAAACAGUAAAUGAAGUGAAGUGUUUGUAAAGUAAAGUUUGAAGUGAACUUUGUUUGAGGUGAGUGGCAAAGCUUGUAAGUUUGUGAGUGAAGUGAAGUGUUUGUAAAGUAAAGUUUGAAGUGAACUUUGUUUGACAUGAGUGGCAAAGCUUUUGGGAGAACAUAAUAAAGUUUCUCUUUUUGAAUGACCAGGAGAAGAGAGGAGAAAGUGAGGCUGAAAUAUUAAAUGAUCACACAGUACAGAGCUCCUAUACACUUGCUCUGAGGAGGCUGUGUGGACUCAAUAACUUGGCAUUCACUUGAGGUCCAUUUUUUUCCAGUUUGCAAAGUGAGGUGGUGAACAAACAGGGGGAAUACAGUGCUGUUAACAGGUGUUCCAGAGGGUAGAGGGAGGGAUAUAGCAAGAAGAGUAAUGCAUGAACUGUUUCAACUAAUAUUUUGUCUUAUUUUGAAGUACAUAGUAUUUUAAAGAUUGGGAAUAAUUAAUGGGCAGGGUAUUAGAUCAAUGGUGUUUUAAUCUACUUUUUGGAACUGGGAGGAGUGGACAGUAUUUUCAAGGCAGCCAAGGAGGAUAACAAUUACAGUACUGGUUCAAAGCUUGUGCUUGAAGUUUAUGAUGAGUAUGGCAUUGAAUCAAUAGUUUUUGUGUAUUGUGGAGGGAGGUAAUGAGUACCAAGUCAAAAAGUUUUGUGUAUUCUGGGGGUGAUUGCAGUGAGAAUAGUACUUUUGUGGGGAGUUUAUAUGAGUGUGCUUCUGUAUCAGUUGGUUCAGUGUAUUUUGUGAAGGUUAUUAUGAACACUGUAUCAACACUUCUAAUGUAUUUUGGUAAAGAUUAAGGCGCCGACUCACUGGUUUUCAUAUAUUUUGGGAGAAUGGUUAUAUCUGGCAUGGUAUUGUAGGAGUUAUGAGUACUAUAUCAAUGGUUAUAAUCUAUUUUGGCAGAGGUUAUGUUACCGAUUCAUUGGUUUUCAUAUAUCUGUGGAGAGCAAUUGUAUCCAGCUUGGUGUUGUGGAGGAAGUGACUAGUCCUGAAUCAAUGGUUAUAAUUUCAUGUUCAACCUUUUCAAUGCGACAUGCAACACCUCACAAGACAAGAAGCAACAAAAUCUUGAUAAACAGCAACAUGAAUGAAAGAAAAAAGGGAAUUAAAAGAAUAUAUUUAGUAAUUUUCAGGUAAAAUUAGGAGAGGUCUGUGGAGCAAAAGGAAAGACUUCAAAAUGGUUAGUAAUAAGGGAAAAUCAUACUAAAUCAUGGGAAAGUGUUAACAGGGACAGUGAACAGUAUUUAGAAGCCAGUAUGGGGGUAUGCAAGAGUACCAAGGUGUUCUGUAGCCAGUGCUGCUCCCACUGAGGCAAGGAGGAGGACCAAGAGGAGCUGCCAGACAUGUGAUGGUGUGCAAGUCUUGAGCUGCAAUGGUGUGGAUGAAAUGUGGAUGGUUAUUUGUGCAUCAUUUUCUCCUGUUUGGUUUUGUGUGUGUUGUGAAUGUGAGGCUUGGUUUGCAAAUGUCGUGGAGUUGUUUGGUCUUGUUUGGUCUUGUUAUGGUAAUAUCCCCCUGCAUUCCUUCAUCUUGUUAGCGUUCAUUUUUACAUACCUUGUGAGCCUGAAUUGGUUAGUUGUGCCGUUUUCUUUGAUACCAUGUAAGUUUUGUAAUGGUAAUAUUUUUCUGUGUUUCACUCUCUUGUCUGCCUCCGUUCAUACACGCUGCAUCUCAUAAGUCAAAAUUGGUCAGCGUUGUGUCUUGUUUGACGUCAUGUAAGUUUUGUAAUGGUAAUAUUUUUGAGGACUUGGAUUUUGUGACUUUGAGUUGGCAAAAAGUUGUGUAGUCUUGUUUGAUGCCAUAAAAGCUUUGUAAUGGUAGCUCCCUUUGUUCAUAUGUAUAUUUUGUGCAUUUCUUCAUCUUGUUUGCCUUCAUACAGUGUCUCAUGAAUCUGUCAAGUGGCUUUGUUUGAUGUCGUAAAGGUUUUGUAAUGGUGAUUCUAAUUUUCCUUGCUAAAAUGCAGGUUAUCUUUUGUAUUUCAUUGUCUCAUUUGCUUUGGUUUUGCCUGCAGUGGCAAGAGUUCAUGGACAUGUGUGAUGACAGCAACAGUAAUUCCAGUCAUCCUUGUCCUUCCACAUUCUCUUCCUAUAGUUUAUCGUAAUGUAUUACAUGUUACAUUGGUUACAAGUCACACAGCCCUAUUUGGUGGCAUGGAAGUUUUGACCAAUACACAUAAAACUUCCUGAGGUGCCAGUGCAAGGAUCUUUGUAGCUGCUGACAAGACUCCAGGUGGGUGAAUCAAGGUGCAUGGGUCAUCUGUAAAUCAAAUUCCAUCAUGUUAAAGAUGUUUACAUGUAUAAUUUUCUCAGGUGCAAGUGGAAGGCUGUUCUUAGCUUCUGACAGACCAAGGAGAGCUUGUUCAUGUUGCAUGGGUCUUCUGUAAGUCAAGUCCAAGAUGUUUAUAGCAGAAUAACAAACAGUGCAGGACUUGACUUGUAAAAACUCCAGGCAAAACUUCACAUCUCUUGGUCUUGUCAGUUAGUAAAGAUGUCCCUGGCCACAGGAAAAGAGAAAAAGAGCACAAAGUAUGUAUGGAAAGGAGAAUGAAAUGAUGAAUACUGGAGUGCUGUACAAAAAUGUAUCUCCUCUAAGGUUUUCAUUACAUGAGGUGGCAUGUAUAUUUAUGGUGACUUAAGUGUGUUUAGGGGAGGGGGUCUUUGAAAAAGCACAAAGGUGGUGAUAGAAAUAUUGAAUGCCCCUUGAUCAUAAAGUAAGUGAUAGUACACAUGAAAAAAAGUGCAUGAAAAAAUAAGUGAAUAGAUACAUGAAGUGCAUUUUGAGGUGUGCUGUGCUGGGGGGAAAUGCAUAUCGUGCUUGAGAAAUUUUGAGUGAAGAGGGGGAAAAUGUUGUUUGGGUGUUUAUACAAGAUGUUCUGAAAGGUGUCUGUCAGCUUUGCGUUUGUCUGUGGAAGUGAAAGUUCUUGCUCAGUGGGUCAAGAAGUCAUCCAUCACAGUCAUCCUCUCACUCCUCAUGACACACACACACACACACACACACACACACACACACACACACACACACACACACACACACACACACACACACACCUGUCAUUCAGUCAUCAAAAGAAAUGUUAAGUGAAUCAUAAAAAAGCUGCAUUUAACUUAAUCCAAAGACUUAUAUAUUAUCUCUUCAGUGAUGCAAAUCAUUCGUAGUUCAGUUUGUAUUUCCUCAUUGUACUUUUAACUAAAUAAAUAUUUUAUAUAGC